AUGUUCAACUUCUACAACCAGCAAAGAGACAUCGGCGACGCCGGUAACGUCAUCGGCUCCAUUGCCAACAACGCCGCUGACAUCGGCCUCACCAUCGCCCUGGGCGCCGUCGGCGCUUACCAGGAUGUCACCCUGGGCGCCGUCAACUUCGGCACCAACUUCGCCUCCCACGUCACCUCGGGCGCCAUCCAGUUCGCCUCUGACGCCAGAUCGGUGGCCACCAACGGCGCCUCCGACGUCAGAUCGCAAUUCGGCGGUGCCGCCGGCAGCGGUUCCGACAGCGCCGCCACCGAGACCGCGUCUACCGGCGACUCUGGCUCCGACUCUGCCAGCGCCUCGGCCACCGACAGCGCUUCCGACAAGGCCUCGUCGUCUGCCGACGCUUCCGACAGCGGUGCCUCCGACUCGUCGGCCUCGGCCACCUCGUCCGCUUCGGGAUCGAAGUCGUCGCUGGCCGCCGCUUCUUCCGGCAAGUCGCUGUCGGCGGCUUCCGCCUCUGACCGUGCCGCCGCUUCGGGCUCUGGUAGCCUGUCGCUGUCGCUGGCCAAGGCCUCGUCGCUGUCGUCGGGCAAGUCCGCCGGUGUCGCCCUCGACCCCUCGUCGCUGUGGAAGAAGGGCGCCUUGCUCGCCGGUAUCGUCGGUGCCUCGUUCUUGUUCAACAUCGUCGCCUGA